GUUCGCCGGACGGGCCGCGCGCUGUGGCUUUCCUUACAGGAGGCGGAGACCGGCCGCGCAGGGUGGAAAAAUCCGCGCACCCUCUGUUUUGUCGCAUGUUUGGUGACGUCCAAUAAUCGACUUGCUUUGAAGUCUCCGGGGCCGAGGCCUACAGACUUUUUUUUUUUCUAUCGCACGCUCUUAAAAUUGAGUUUCGAUGCCCAGAUUUCGGUGCCCGUUCUGACCGGGUGUGAACCGAUGAAGCACUUUAUUCCGUGAUCGAAGCAGAAACGGUCGGAAACGUUAGCCAAGCUAACUGUAGCUCCUGCUAACUGCCAGCGAGGAAGUGAGGAACGAAAAAAAUGACAUCUCGGAGGUGGUUUCACCCCAACAUCACAGGUGUGGAGGCUGAAAACCUCCUGCUGACUCGAGGGGUGGAUGGGAGCUUUUUAGCCAGACCCAGUAAAAGUAAUCCUGGAGACUUCACCCUCUCAGUACGGCGAAAUGGAGCCGUCACCCACAUUAAGAUCCAGAACACAGGAGACUACUACGACCUUUACGGCGGGGAGAAGUUUGCCACCCUGGCUGAGCUGGUGCAGUAUUACAUGGAGCAUCACGGGCAGCUGAAAGAGAAAAACGGAGACGUUAUUGAGCUCAAGUAUCCGCUCAACUGUGCGGACCCGACGUCAGAGAGAUGGUUCCACGGACACUUGUCGGGCAGGGAGGCCGAGAAGCUGCUGACAGAGAAAGGAAAGAACGGCAGCUUCCUGGUGAGAGAGAGCCAGAGUCAUCCGGGGGAUUUCGUCCUGUCGGUCCGCACAGGAGACGACAAGACGGACAGCAGUGACAGCAAACCCAAAGUCACUCACGUCAUGAUCCGCUGCCAGCCUGACCUGAAGUACGACGUGGGCGGAGGGGAGAAGUUUGACUCCCUCACCGACUUGGUCGAGCAUUACAAAAAGAACCCCAUGGUGGAAACUCUGGGCACUGUGCUGCAGCUCAAACAGCCCCUGAACACUACUCGUAUUAACGCUGCAGAGAUCGAAAGUCGAGUUCGGGAGCUGAGCAAACUAGCCGAGGCCACAGACAAAGUCAAACAGGGCUUCUGGGAAGAAUUCGAGACUUUGCAGCAACAAGAGUGCAAGCUGCUCUACAGUCGUAAGGAGGGCCAGAGAGCGGAGAACAAAAACAAGAACAGAUACAAGAACAUUCUGCCCUUCGACCACACUCGUGUGGUGCUGAAUGACAGGGACCCAAAUGAGCCGGGCUCCGACUACAUCAACGCCAAUAUCAUCAUGGUAGUAUCUGCUGUCAUGCCGGAGCUGGACUACAAGGUUAACAGCACCAAGCUGAAGAAGAGCUACAUCGCCACUCAGGGCUGCCUGCAGAACACCAUCAGUGACUUCUGGAGGAUGGUGUUUCAGGAGAACUCUCGAGUCAUUGUCAUGACCACCAAAGAGGUGGAGAGAGGGAAGAGUAAGUGUGUGAAGUACUGGCCGGACAUGUCGGCGCUGAAGGAAUACGGUGCGAUGCGCGUUCGCAACGUCCGAGAGACGGCUGCACACGACUACAUCUUAAGAGAGCUCAAACUGUCCAAAGUUGGGCAGGGCAACACAGAACGCACAGUUUGGCAGUACCACUUCAGGGCCUGGCCGGACCACGGCGUCCCCACUGACCCCGGCGGUGUGCUCGACUUCUUAGAGGAGGUCAACCUGAAGCAGGAGAGCAUACUGGACGCUGGGCCCAUAGCAGUACACUGCAGCGCGGGGAUCGGCAGGACAGGAACGUUUAUAGUGAUCGACAUCCUGAUAGAUGUGAUCAGAGAAAAAGGGGUGGACUGCGACAUCGACGUGCCAAAGACCAUCCAGAUGGUUCGUUCUCAGCGCUCUGGGAUGGUGCAGACCGAGGCGCAGUACAGAUUCAUCUACAUGGCGGUUCAGCACUACAUAGAAACGCUGCAGAGACGCAUCGAGGAGGAGCAGAAAAGUAAGAUUAAAGGGCGCGAGUACACCAACAUUAAGUACUCUUUGUCCGACCUGACCGGAGGAGAGCAGAGCCCUUUGCCUCCUUGCACUCCUAUUCCUACUCCCACCUGCACAGAGAUGAGGGAGGACAACUCCAGAGUGUAUGAGAACGUGGGCCUGAUGCAGCAGCAGAAGAGCUACAGAUGAGAUUCACCUUUGACCCCGGUGCUCUAUCAGUUCCAGGAUCUCGAUACCUGACAGUUUUUUCGCCAGCCACACCUUGACGCCUGAGACUUGACCGUAACGAAAUGGAACAAUGGGGAAAAAAACACACACACACAAAAAAACGUGAGAGAGAGACCAGACACACCAGGCUCCUCCUGUUCUCGCUCAUCUUACAUGAACAUUUCGCCCUCUAGUUGAAUUCUAAACCACUGUGAUCAUCAGAAGAAGCCUUUGAGAAGCCUAACACGCUAAAUCCCCUCCUAAACCACAGUCUGGGUUUAGCCUUUGUAAAUCUCACCACGACAAGGGCUGCACGCAGCGAGCGCUCUCCUCGGAGGGAUAAAAACCGAGCUAACCUUUUUGCUCACUUCUCUUUUUAUUCUAUGUAUUUUUUUUCUUCUUUUUAUUAACCAAAGGAAGAUUAUGUAGAUUGUUUUUUCGACGGAAAGGAGGAUUUUUUUUUUUUCUUUUUCUGGAGAAACGGCCUGUGCCAAAACCACGAAUGAUUUCAUCCACAUUUCUCAGCCAAUUAAAAGUCUCUGUUUGGCCUUUAACGCAGCGGGAGACGAGACCUUAUUUGUGGACAAAGCGGGGGGGCAGUGAUUAUUGUCUAGCUUUCACUGUUGUGUAGAGUAACGUGUCUGAAUGAAGAACUAUUGGCAAUGUAGUGUAAUUAACCAUAUUUACUGUUGAUUUGUAAUCCACUAAACAUGAAUUCCUUUUUCUUUUUCUUUUCUUCUUUUUGCGCCAGAACUGCCUGGAAGAGAAACUUUGAAAUUCAGGCUGUUCGGAGUGUGAACGAACCUUUUUUUUCUUUUUCUGUUUUUUGUUUCUAAUUUGCUUUUCGUUGGGAUACACAGCGUGUCUGUUUGUCAGUCAACCAUUCCUGAGCUCAAGCCGAAAGCCCUUAUUGCUGCACUUUUUAGUUCGCAGCGUUAACAGUUACAGUCAAGCCUUGAUUCACCUGGUGGAUUUGUGAAUAAUCUAAUCUGGGGGGGUUUAGUGAGGAGUUUCACGCCUGCACUUAUUUGUCCAAGUCGGUGUGACGACAUGUUCAGAUUUCAGGGGAAUCUGUUGUGUAUCUCAGUCGCGGCGUCGCCACAGACGCACGGCUGCCAAAAAACUUUGUUUUUUAAGUUUUUUUUUUAAAGUGCAAAUUACUUUCUUCAUGCAUUCUUCCUUUUCUUUCUUUCUUUCUUUGUUUUUUUAAGACAGAUGCCUUUUGUGUACCAUUGCCUAUUUUGAGCACCACAUGUACUUAAUUUUAAGAGUCACUGUUUUAAGACGCAAUCACACACCUCUCAGCUUUGGCACUAUAGAUAGUCAUUGUCGUGGUUGUAGGUGGUUGGCCCUGUGAUAGUCAGCUGGACUCAGUAGUUUAAACACACACACACACACACACACACACACACACACACACAUAAUUAACACACAGGUUUCUGUAGGAGAGUAUUUUCUUGUCUGUCUGUUGAGGUCGAUUAAUCCAUUUAAAGGAUAUUUGGACGUUUUGCGCAUUAAGCUAAUUCGUUUUCUUGCAGAGUUGGAUGAAAAGAUCGAUAUCACUCUCGUGUUUGAAGCUACAUAUGAUUCUACAACCAGCAGCUGAUUAGCUUAUCAUAGCUUAGCAUAAUUACAGGAGACAUGACGGAGCAGUUUGCCUGGUUCGGUUCAGUCCAAAUGUGACAGCGAGACUCCGGGAAGUCGCUGCUCCCGGCAGAGAAGUAGGUCCUGCGAUAAAAACCAGAACACUUGGCAGUUUUACAUUGAGAUGCUGGUGUUUGUGAUACUGAUCUUCUUUUCUUAUUCCUUCACUCAUGUCUGUAAGCUAAAUAUGAAGCUAAAGCCAAUAGCUGAUUAGCUUAGCUUAGCAUAAUGUGACAGAAAGACUCUGGGAAAUCACUGCUCUCGGCCGUUAACUUGGUUACCACAACGGGACGUUUUUAAAUGAAUGUGCUGUUGUGAGAAGAUCAACACCACUCUCAGACUUGUAUGCUAAUUAUAAAGCUACUGCAGAUAGGCUAAGCUUAGCUCAAAGACUGGAAAGAGGUGGAAACAGUUAGCCUAGCCUAGCUCUGUCCAGAGUGGACCACAAGACCCCUGGAAGUCACUGCUCCCAGCCGAGAAAAUAGUCCCAUCAUUUAACUCCCCGAAAGACCUUAACUUGUUGUUUUUACAUUAAUAUGCUGAUAUUUGGAAGGAAACAGUUGAUUUUUAACAUCAGCACCAUGCUCAUGUCUAAAUAUGAAGCUGCUGCCAGCAGCUGAUUAGCUUAGCAUGACCAUGUGAAGUCACUGCUCCCGGCCAUGAAAUAGUUCCAUCAUGUAAACACAACAUGAGGUUUUAACAUUUGCUGUAUCACUCCACAGUCUGUAUGCUAAAUGUAAAGAUACUGUGGAUUAUCUUAGCUUAGCUUAAAGACUGGAAACAGGUGGAAACAGCUAGCCUGUCUCAGUCCAAAGGUGUUGACAAGACUUGGAAAAGUCACUGCUCACGGCUGAGAAGAAGCUCCAGCACGUAACCGUAACUUGAUACUUCAACAUCGACAUGCUGUUGGUUUUAAAAUGAAAAUGAGAGGAUUGAUAAAGACUCUCAUGUCUGUGUGCUAAAUGUAAUGUUACUGCUGAUUAGCUUAGCCUUAAGACUGUCUCUAAUGCUUUAAAUACAUCUGUUUAAUGCAUAGAAAUGUAAUAUCCAGUCUUUAGCUAUGCUAAGCUAAUCCCUUGCUAGCUGAUACAGACAUGAGAGUAGAAUCUUUCUAUACACUUCUCUGCAAGAAAGCAAAUAAGUGCACGUUCCAUAAAAAUUGUCAAACUAUUCCUGAAACUUCAUCUCUACAAUCAGCUUCAGUAUUUAGGGGAAGUGAGAUGUUCUGGAUCUGCAGAGCCAGAAUCCACAACGCUCAUGUCGAACGCGUGGCCUGAAGUAUUUUCUCUCGGUCGAGGCUUCCCCAGCUUACCAUCACCGCGCCUUUUGAGAAACUGCCGUCUCGCGGUUGAACUCACUUGUAACAGUGCUGACUCAGAAUCUCUCAGUGGAAGACGAAAAAAAGGAAGAAGCGUCUCUCCUCGUUGCCUUGAGGGACAGUUCUCAACAGCCACUGCUCCGGGAUUGAACAGCUUCUUCCUGUAACGUUUUAAAAAAAUAAAAUAAAAUCAUGUAAUCAGUGUUUUUUAACGGUGGGGGGGGGCUGCUUCCUCCUGCCGGUGGACUCUGCUAACACAGCCGGCUGCUGCUUCACAGCAAGUGUUCUUUGAAAUGAAUCUUCUUCUUCUCCUCCUCCUCCUCCUCCUCCUCCUCCUCCUCCUCCUCCUGGGUGAACGCCAUCCACUGACUGAGCUAUGAGAUCUCCUGUCGUGUGGUGUACUGUAUGCAGUUUUAUCGUCAAACGGAUGAGUGUGUGCUCAUCGGAUGUUUCGUUGAGUGCUUGCUUUGUGGUGUUUUGUGUCCUGUGGUGUGUGUGUGUGUGUGUGUGUGUGUGUGUGUGUGUGUGCAGGGAUGUGUGUAUGUAUGUGUGUGUGUUGUGAGAGCGAUCAGCCUUUUUUUUUUUGUUUUGUUUUUGAAUACUUUUCUUUUAUUGUUUUUGUUUUUUCCUUCCCAGAUGAUAAAACUGCUUUCCAUUUAUCAUGUAAGCAAUUUAGAUGCAUAGACGUGCCUUCUAUGCAUAUGCCUCUUGUGUAUGUGAUAGCUAUUAAAAAAACAAAACAAAACAAACAAAAACGAAACAAAAUGAAACAGUGCUCUUUAGUUCCACCGCCAUUCAAGAACCUGUUAUAACACUUUAAUGUGAAUUAUUUCAUCCUGAACAAAAAAAAAAAAAAAGGAAAACCGGUGAUCGCAAUGCAAACAAACUAUAUUUUUUAACAUGUAUAUUGUACAUGAGUACCUGGUAGAGGAGAAUGUACUUACUAAAAACAUAUCUACUUGCCAAUAAGAUAUACUGUAUGUAUAUUCCUACAGCUUUCUCUCUGUGACACAGGGAGGGACCUCUCACAAAGCUUCAGAGGUUUAUUGUAUGACUUUCAAUGCAGUUAACCAUGUUAACUUCCUCAAUAACAAUAAAUGACCGGCUCUUGCCACAUUAA